AUGCUGCUCACCUCGGGGCAAGUAUCCAUAGCCGUCUCAUCCGGAAUUAUCUUCUUAUGCACCGCCGCCCUCUUCCUCAGCGGCUAUGCACUCCAGCAACGCACCCUAAGAGAUCUACGGCAGGCCAUCAAACCAGCGCCACGCCCAUCACCCAAGAUAUUCCUCCCUGAUCGGUUUAAGCAGUCGACAACAGAGUUACCAGACGGGACAGUCAUCAUCCUCGACGACGGGAAGAGCGAUAGCAACAGCAAGUCAAACGAUCAAACCGUUAUCCAGGUCGUCAAGUCCCCGCCGGCAGAGGACAAACAACCCACCAAGACGACCACUUCCGGGAAUGGCGGGAAGGCCGAGAGCCAGGCUAAAUUGGUGGGACCCCUCAACAAACAGGACAGUGUCGAAAAGCAGGACGGGAACGAUGGGAAACUGCAAGACGACGCGGAGGAGCAGAAACCGAUGAGUCGAGCUGAGCGGCGGCGGCGGAUCAAGGAGGAGAUUAUGAAGCUUUCUCAGGGUCAGGAGAGGGGGUAUUACCAACGUCGGUUGUGGUAA